AGAGUGAGUGAAGUUUGUCUUUUUCAUCCGUUGGCUUCUGGAUGCAGAGAUGGUAGACACGUUUCCAGACUCUGUCCAGGAGUCCGUGACGUUCAGGGAUGUGGCCGUGUUCUUCAGCCAGGACGAGUGGUUGCACCUGGGCUCUGCCCAGAGAACCUUGUACCGGGAGGUGAUGCUGGAGAACUACAGCAGCCUGGUCUCGCUGGGGAUUCCAUUUUCAAUGCCAAAGUUGAUUCAUCAGUUGCAACAAGGAGAAGAUCCCUGCUUGGUGGAAAGAGAAGUCCCUUCAGAUACCUGUCUAGGUUUCAAGACUUGGCCUGAAACAGAAGCAUUGCCUCAUAGACAGGACGUUUUUGUAGAGGAAACAUCUCAGGGAAUGAUAAAGGAAGAAUCCAUUAAGGAUGGUCACUGGGACGUUAACUCUGAAGAAGCUGUGGAAUUUGAGAGCAGGAUAGAAGAAGAGCAAGAGAAGAAACCUCUCAGGCAAAUGAUAGUCUCGCAUGAUGAAACCAUCAGUGAAGAUGGAAACCACACGAGUCUUGAAUUGGAGAAAAGCUUAUUUAUAAAUACAGCUCUCGUCGCACAACAGAGUGUUCCUAUAGAAAGGAUACCCAAUAUGUAUUAUACAUUUGGGGAAGAUUUUAAACAGAAUUUUGAUCUCAUGAAAUGCUUCCAAAUUUACCCAGGAGGAAAACCUCACAUCUGUAAUGAAUGUGGGAAGAGCUUCAAGCAGAAUCUUCAUCUUAUUGAACAUCAGAGAAUUCAUACAGGUGAGAAACCCUACAAAUGUAAUGAGUGUGAAAAAACCUUCAGCCACAGAUCAUCCCUUCUUUCUCAUCAGAGAAUUCAUACUGGAGAGAAACCUUACAAGUGUAAUGAGUGUGAGAAAGCAUUUAGCAACAGUUCAACCCUCAUCAAACAUCUGAGAGUGCACACCGGAGAGAAACCGUAUCGAUGUCGGGAGUGUGGGAAAGCCUUUAGCCAGUGUUCAACCCUCACUGUACAUCAGAGAAUUCAUACUGGAGAGAAACUCUAUAAAUGUGGUGAAUGUGAGAAGGCCUUCAACUGCAGAGCAAAACUUCACAGGCAUCAAAGAAUCCAUACAGGCGAGAAACCCUAUAAAUGUAGUGAGUGUGGGAAAGGUUACAGCCAGUUUACCUCUCUGGCUGAACAUCAGAGGCUUCAUACUGGAGAACAGCUGUAUAAAUGCCUGGAAUGUGGGAGAACCUUCACACGUAUUGCAACCCUUAUUGAACAUCAGCGCAUUCACACUGGACAAAAACCUUAUCAAUGCAAUGAAUGUGAGAAAGCCUUCAACCAGUAUUCAUCCUUUAAUGAACAUCGGAAAAUUCAUACUGGGGAAAAACUUUAUACAUGUGAGGAAUGUGGGAAAGCCUUUGGUUGCAAAUCUAACCUUUACAGGCAUCAGAGAAUUCACACCGGAGAGAAGCCGUAUCAGUGUAAUCAGUGUGGAAAGGCGUUCAGCCAGUAUUCAUUUUUGACGGAACAUGAGAGGAUCCACACUGGGGAGAAACUGUAUAAAUGUAUGGAAUGUGGGAAAGCCUACAGUUACAGAUCAAACCUUUGUAGACACAAAAAAGUUCACACUAAAGAGAAACUCUAUAAAUGGAAGGAAUAUGGGAAACCAUUAAUCUGCAGCUCCUCACUCACUCAGUAUCAGAGAUUUCUUAGAGGAGAUAAGGCCUAUGAGGCUUAGUUCAUCUCUCAAGUAAUCCAGGACUUCUCAUUGGGGAAUAAGGAGAAUAAUCAAUAGGGUACAAACUCCUAAUAGAUUUAUCUUUUUUACUUCUCCUGAAGGAAAUAUGUUAGUUGCCACUAAGUAAUGAUAAAAUUGAUCAGUGAAAUUAUGAAGAGCACUGACUUGCUAAGUUUUAAAAGAACCAUAAAUUUGAAGGUUUCUAAAAACCUAUGAAUAUUUAAUUGACAGAAAAAAUGUAAAAGGCCUAACUUUUAAAAAAUCAUGAAAAAUAGUUAAAUAUACAUUUUGUUUCUCUCAUAAGACCAUAUUCCCUUUAUAAGAGUAAGCUUCAAUGUGUGAAUUUUCUUUUAAAAACAGUCACUGAGUUAUUAAUAAUGUAAAUAAGUGUGUGGCCUUCUUUAAAAGAGCCAGCCAACAUAGGAAGCGCUUAUUUUCAUAAAGGGAAGCUAAACAUAAAAAGGAAUUAUUUAAAUUUAACUUUUCACGUGGAAAUAAUAAAGCUCUUUUUAUGAGCUGUCCCACCAGCAACUGAUAUAUGUAAACAUACAUAUAUACACAUAAGCAUGUGUGUGUGUGUAAAUGUAAAAGUCCUUUAUUAAAAAAUGUAGUUUUAUUAAUUUAGAAUUUAGUUCUUAAAAUCUUGCCCAAAGGUAGACUCUCUUACUUAUCUUCUGUCAUUUCUUAAAUUGAUGUAGUUUUAUAUAACUGAACUGAGUACUAUUAUAGUACCGUAGAAGGCGGAUUAACUGAAGCAGCUGGAAAGACUGUUAAGCACAUACUUUGUUAUCUGUUGCAGAAGGGAUAUAUUUGGCAGAACCUGAGGCUACAUGUCUGGUAGCUCAUUAGAUCCAGGAGAGGUUUAAUGAUAGCCUUUCAUUGUACUAAUGAAGAACCUGAACUUAGUGAACAGAGUCAAGACUAGAAUCUAGGUCUUCGGUCUGGUAUUUUGUGAUGAUUAUAGACUUAUUUCCAACCUGAGGUCUCAACAGUACUAUUUGUUUUGUAGCCUGGUUAGAUAUAGUUGCAGUAAUUUAAAGUUACUGUUUUAUCUAUAAGGGUUUCCUCUCACCUUAAUCUUAAAAAUUGACUCACAACUAUAUUCUUUUUUCUUAUGAGUCCCUAAUUAUGCCUGCUUUUACUAUAAUUGUACUUAAAUCUGUAAAGCUAGCUGAGGUCCAGAUAGUGUAAUUGCUUUUGGAUACUUCACAUAUAAGAUUGCCUUCUUAUUACACAUAUUUUAGGAAUUUUUUUGUGGAAAGUUAUAUAUGAAGAGUUAAUUAUUAAGCAUUCUUUUCAUCAAUUUAAAUGUUUAGUUCCCCCCAGGUGUUUUUCCUCCAACCUUAUAUUUGACUUUCAUUCAAUUCACAGUUGGUAUCAUAAAAAAAAAAAUUAUUCUAAUACAAUUAGCUAGACCUUCUGAGAAAAAUAUUAGAAUUAAAUCCAAGCAGUCAGUAUAUUUCUUAAUUGACUGAUUUUAGCUUAUCAGAAAGUUAUUGUUUUAUGUAUUUGAAUACAUUUACAAAGAAAAUGAGGCUUUUAAACAGACCUCAAUAUUUAACAUUGUACCCAGUAGUGCUGAGCAUGCUUAGUACCCAAAUUUUGGUUCCUAAAUGCCAUUCCCCACUAACAGGAACCAGGGUUCCUUGGAGAAGUGGUUGAUUCCAUGUUUGGAGCAGGGGAAGUGGGUGGUGUGGCUAAAAUACUUUUUUUUAUUAAGAAAAUAAAAUAAAAAGCAAGAUAGUAUGUGAAGACUAAUGGGGUAAUGUCAGAAGGGGACAGGCGCCAAGUCGAAGGUAUUUCUCACGGGCCAAAUUUAGGACAACUUAAAAUCAAAAAGAAUAAUCACUGAUAUUGCUGAUAAUGCUAAGAAGGAAAAGAAGUUCAUAAUGAUGAAAGUAAAGAAGAAAACUCGUUAUAAAAUUAUUUGAAGAAUGUCUUCUUUUAAAUGUACACAGAAUGAUAGAUUUGGAAAAAUACCAUUUUACAACCCUUAAUGUAAUUAAAUCUGGCAAAAAUCAAUGGUAAAACCCAUUAGGUGAAAAAAAUUUUGAGGAACUUUGUUUACAAGGUGUCAGAGGAUCACAGAUACCUAUUGCAAAAGAAUUGCCUUUACAAUGAGAUUUGGCUGUCAAACUGCAUUUCCCUACUUCUGGAAUAAGCCAGCAUUAUGUGGCUCUUGAUAGGAUGCAGUGUGAAGCAUGUGUGAUCAUCCUUGAUGUACUGCCAAAAAUGUGUACCCCAAAUUUAAUUAAAUCUUUUGUCUAGACUUAUCUUCCUAUUUAAAGGAAUAGAGGAACAAGUUGAAUUACACAUUAUGGAAAUAGACAAGUCCAGAGUUGGUACAGGACAACUGGUCUGGAAUUUUUAAAAAAAUUUAUUUUAAAAUGGUUUUCUUAAAUGUACUUUUUAAACACAACAUGAGGAAGGUGUUAAAACUGGUGUAAUAGCUCAAAAGAAUAAGUAUUCCAGAUUUCAGGAGGAAUGAAGAGGGAGAUAUUCAGAAAUCUUCACCAGAUUCCCCCCACCUUGAUCAUAGUGGAUUAAUGAUGUGCUUUGUGGAUGUGGUUAGUCAAUGACACCAACUUGACGGAUCUUUCUUUCUGCUCCACACCCCAUUGAGUUAUCUGGUCCCCUUGGCUGAUGAAGAACCAUCAGGCGAGGAGCACUGGCGUCAUCCAGGGUGAUGUUCUUCAAGCGACUGACCAACCGCUCAGGUCGAGGAGCUGCAACAGCCUUGGGGCCCUCACAGACUCGCCACACAUUCCAGGUGCUGCACUUGCCAGUGCGCUGAUUAAGAGUCACUGAGAACUCCACCUCAUCUCCUGCCUGGAGCUCAAGGCCAUCCUCAACUUCAUUCACAUGGAAAAAGAGCUUCUUGCUAUCUCCUACUUCAUAGUUAAUGAAGCCAAACUGAUCUUUCACACAUUCCACUGUGGCCCUACACAGGGGUGUGAGGUUGUAAGCCAUAGUUUGUGCAUUUUGACCCUGGUCUGGACUUUUCAAAAAGCAAAUGUAAUAAAACAAAAAGUGGUCUCUUCUAGAUUAAGGCAAGAGAGAUAAUCAAAUGGAAAGUGUGAUCCUUUAUUAGCUUCUGAUUCAUUAAAAAAACCUAUAAAAGACAUUUGGGGGGCUAUUUGGGGAAAUAGGAAGAUGGAAUGGGUAUUAGAUAAAUGUGGUGUGUUUGAUUUUUCUAGAAGUGAUAAUUGAGUUACGUCGGAUAAUGUUCUAAUUCUUAGGAGAUGCAUGCAGAAGUUUUUUUAAGUUUGAAAAGUCAUGAUGUUGGCAGCAUAUUUUCAAAUAUGUACAAAAUUAGUCAACUUUUUUUGUAGUGGAUGUAGAGAUGUUCAUUGGUCAUUUACAAAAUUUUUCUAUAUGUGUCAAUUUUUAAUAAAAAUUAAUGCAAAAAGUGAUUGGAUGAAGUGAUGAAUCUUUCAAUCAGAAUUCUUCAUUUAUAUUCUUAGGAAGUUCCUGUUUGAGAGUUAAUCCUCCAGUGAUGUAAUUGUUGGAAAUAAAGUAACUGGGUGGUACUGGGUUCCCUUUAAAUGGAAUGAGCAUGCUCCACUUUCUCUCUCAUGCUAAAUGUAACUAAGGCAUGGAGCAGCUGUCUGGGCACCCUCAAAAGUAAUAACAGGCAGAUUUGGGAAGGAAACUGGAAUUUGAAAGGAGAUCAUUGUGGCACUCUUGGGCAUUCCUGUGGCGAGGACAGAGAUGGCUGAGCAGGCAUCUAAACCUCAGUUAAGAACCCUUCACUCUGGUUAGAGGAUCUCUGGGCCAAAAAGGUUUAGGAGAAUCCCCACUGCUUUUCUUCCCUCACUAUCUUCCUGCUACUUGGACCUGGAAGUGAUGUAUCCAUGAGGUGUGUAGCAGAGAGGAGAACCUAAACCCUUGGAUUUCUAACCUGAAGACCAGGAAGAGGAAGUGGCUCCUGAGAGCUGGAAGGUGUCAAGGUGGUGACAAAGAUAAGGAAGCUCAAGAAAGUGAUCUCAUAACAGUUGUUUAUGCAAUCUGGGGCUCUCCCCUGGUCUAUACAUAUAUAGGUCUGACGCGAUAAUUGUUCGGGUCUGACACUGGGCAAAGAGAGAUCCAAAUAGCACUGAAAAUACUUAGAAAACUGGACUGACAUUAGAACCACAGCUCAUAGGAGAUGGAUUGGAACUGGUGACCAAGACUUAAUCAGUUAAAUUGCCUGCUGGAAAAAAUACCCUAACAUUUUCUGGAAGAAUUGAAUACCCAGUGGCCCAUAAUAUUCAAAAUGUCCAAGAUGCAAUGCAGAAUCACAUGAAAUACAUAAAUCAGGAAAUUUUCAACAAUUCAAAGGAAAGACAACAGACACCCCAAGAUGACACAGAUGUUGGAAUUAUGAGACAAAGACUUUAAAGUAGAUAUUGUAACAAUGUUUCAGAAAGUGUGGCCAUUCCAGAAAUCGAUGAAAUGUCAAAUUUUUCAGUAGGAAAAUAGUAAUUUGACUCACUUCUAAUAGAAUAUGAUAGAAGUGAUGCGAUAUCACUUAAAAUAUUUGAUUAUGAAAAGGCUAUGGCUUCUGCACAGGCACGCGCUCUCUUGAAUCACUUGUCCUUUGGGAAGCCAGUUGCCUUAUCGUGAGGACACUUAGCCUAUGGAGAGUUCCACAUACUAAGUAACUGAAGCCCAUGGCCAACAACCAGCAACAAACUGGCCGCCUAGCAACCAUGUGAGUGAGCUUAGAAGUGGAUCCUUCCUUGCCUGAGCCUUCAAAUAGGACUGCAGCCACAGCCAACUACGUGCCCAUAACCUUAUGUGAGACACUGAGUCAGAAAGACCUAGCUAAACCAUUCACUUCUGGCUUCUUAACCCCCAGAAACUCUGGGUUAGUAAAUGUUUUAACUGGUAGGUUUUGGGGUAAUUUGUUAUGCAUCAACAGAUAACUGAUACAGAACUUAGUACUUGGAGGUGGGCAGCUGCCAUAAUGAAAACCCAAAAUAUGGGAGUGGUUUUGGAACUUGGCAGUAGGUGUUAAGUAGGCAUGUGCUGGUAGAAAACUAAAGUGCUUUGAAGAAGCGAUAGCAGCAUCAUGGUCUGACAAGGCUGUAGAUGAGGACUUCUAGAAAAGUGAGGUAAAUGUUAUUGGAAAACUGGAGGAAGGAAGAACUUCUGUAGUGGCAGACUGAAAGUAAAACGUGUGCCUAAUAUGAUCUCACUAGAGAGAUUUCCUGGCCGAGUGUUGCAGGUGCCGUCUGGCUUCUUGAUUAUAGUAACAUGACGAGAGAUUAAAAACUAUAGGAAAGACCAUCAAGCAAAAAGGAUCCAGGGCUUGGUGGUUUUGGAAGUAGUCUCAUCAAGAGAACAGGAUUUGCUAAAAUUAAGAAAUCACUUGUCAGCAAAGAUCAAAUGUAGAGAACUCCUUGGAAAACACCCUGCAAUGAUGAAGCUCAUUAUAAUAUUUAAUAAAAAUUAAUAAAAAGAGUUGACAAGGAUGUGGAAAAAAUGGAACCUUCACACACUGCUGGUGGGAGUAUAAAAUGGUGCAGCCUCUUUGGAAAACAGACUGGAAUUUACUUCGAAGAUUAAAUAUAGUUACCAUGUGACUUAGCAAUUCCACUCCUAAAUUUAUACCCAAGAGAAAUGAAAACAAACAUUGAUAUACGUACAUGAAUGUUCAUAGCAGCAUUAUUGAUAAUAGAAAGUGGAGACAACCCAAUGUUCAUCAACCAAUGAAUGAGUAGGCAAAAUGUGGCACAUUUGUAGAAUGAAACGUUGUUUGUCAAUAAAAAGAAAACACUGAUAAAUAUGACAACAUGGAUCAACCUUGAAAACGUGCUGAGUGAAGGAAGCCAGUAACAAAGGACCACAUAUCGGAUGGUUCCAUUUAUACGUGAUUUUCCGAAUCAGCAAAUCUGUAGAGACAGAAAGUAGAUGAUUGAUCUCCAAGGGCUUUAGAGGGCUGGAGAAAAUGUGGGGUGACUGAUAAUGGAUGUGGAGUUGCUUUCUGGAAUAAUGAAAAUUUUCUAAAAUCAUUCUAAUUAUUGUGCAACUCCGAAUAUACUACAAGGCUUUGGAUUGUACACUUUAUAUGGGUGGAUUGCAUGGUAUGUGAAUUCUAUCUCAAUUGAGUUUGUUGUAAACAACCUAUUGCAAAUGCUUAUCUGUUAAUGCCAAUCUGUACUAAAAUUUUAUGUGGUUCAUCUUUGGAAAUGUUCUUUCACACUGAUAGCAUUGUUGGAUGCUGAUAUCUGUCCAUAAGCAUAUUAUUUCAAUUGGGCAUAUCCAGUGCUCAGAAGUCAUUUAUAGAAUUUCGUUAGAUUCUUUGGAUGUUUGCCUUUGGGCACACUGUUACAUUGCAGAUUAAUCAGAAGAGUUGGGUGGAUCCUCCUCAGUUGUACUGUUAAGUGAAUUUUGAAAUAUGUAUAUUUCUUUUGCAUUUGCAUUAUGAUCUAAAAAAUGCUGCUGGAAUUGGAGUUUGUGCUCAGAAUCCAUAUGUGUGGAAAAUAUUUGUGAGAAUGGAGAUAUCACUUCUUAUUUUAAACUUGGACAGCAUGUCAAAUAUAUAAAGCAUUUUCACAUUA